AUGGAAAAGUCCACCCUAUCACCAAUCGCCGAGUCCACGCAGGAUCCUCUGAGAUUCCGUAACGUCCUCCCCUCACAGUUCAUCGGCCGGCCCCAGUUCGAACCGCCUCGCUUACGACAGCCAUGGCGGCAUUCGGUGACAAGAGAAGGGCUGGCGGCGAGCUCACCAACAAUUAGAGAAUUCAAGCCCGAACGCCAACGUCAGAGGCUCUUCGCGGUGGGCAUAUGGCAAUGGUUCAUCACUACCAGCCUCUGUGGGCUCUUGGCUGCAUGCCUGGGAGCAUUUGGUGAUCUCCUGUCUAUGACGGUCACGCACGUCAAGGCCUUCAACGCCCUAAUUGUGCUGCUGUCCAUUCUCCUCGGCAAUAACCUAACAAGUUCACUGCGGGAAUAUGCGCUUAUGCUGCGGUGGAAAAUAUUGGCGUCAAAGUACAGACCUCUGCAUGAAUUCGACUUGUUGUUGCGCUGCGAGAGCCUUCGCAAGGUCAUGCGUUUGUUCUGGGUAACAAGGACGCCAGGAGCAGCUUGGUUCUGGUUGAACACGACACAAUGGCUGUGUGCGCUGUGGUUCGGGGUCAACAUACUUUUGCAGGUUCUGGUGGCCUUGCUCGGCUUGACUUACAAUCUCAACACGUCCACAGUGCCUCAGCGGAAAUUCGGGAUGGUCAGCAUUGCCAAUCUAUCAGUCAUCCGCGAUAUUUGGGGUGCGGACAAUCCUUCUUUCGAUGCGCAGCUGGGAUCGGCAAACUUCUUCGGUAUACAGGGGCAGGAUUACCUCUUCGUCAACGGCACACCUCCCGGUCAAGGAGAUAUCCCAAGCUAUGGGACGCCUGGAACUCCCAGGAUCUGGAGUGACGACCAAUGGACGACUGUCACCUACGUCUUCCAGGACCAAAAUGUACGGAACCCCGACCUGACCUUGAUUUCUCAUCGCAAUAUCACCGCAACGGCUACUUGCAGAAAAUUCAGGGUUCUAGAAGGCGGAAACGGAACGAGUACCUUUAUUACCUAUGUCGAUGAAGACGGCGCGCCAACCACGCUCGACGUCGUAAGGGUAGGACCUGGAGCGAUGACUUACAUUGGCGUGUUGAAUUCUACUUGUGGACCACGUUGCACCGAGGUGAUGGCCUUGCAAAGCGCCAAUAACGACACCAUCCCCGGAGCGUCAUUCUUCAAGUGCAACAGCACCAUUUCGACUGUGUCAGCAAUCGAUGAAUACCUGUAUGACGGACAUACCGCCGAGGCAUUUCAGAUGCCUGACCAACAAGCCAAGAUCAUCGCUGGUGCCAUCGGUUGGUCAGGCUUCAACCACACGCCAGGCGACAUGUAUCAGUAUGUUCGAUACAAUACAGACUCAUGGUGGAGCCCGAACGAUCCGGCAGAUGCUGGCAUGAUCGCUGGACGAGUCAUGGAUUUCAGCAUUGAAGCCGUGGCAGCGAUCGACUACAACGGACCGCGCCACAAUGUGACGGGCUGGUAUCCCGUUACAGCACAGGUCGUGAGCGUGCAGUGGCGUUGGUCGGCUGCGAUCUUGGGCUUGAUCCCAAUAUUCCAAUUAUCGGCUUUGGUAUGCGUCAUUGCCCGGGCGAACUCUGCCAUCAUCCGGGACGACAGUUCACUGAGCACGGCACGACUCUUGCGCCCCAUUGUAGAGAAGCUGGGUGACAGAGGCUGCUUGUUGACAGGCGAAGAGAUCGCAGAAGAGCUGGGGGAGAUGAGGGUCAAGUACGGAUGGAGAGAGCCGGGCGGUGAGUUUAUGUUUAGAAACGAGAUCGACACCGACAUUAUCCGACAUGUCGAUAUACUGGAAGAGAAGGAGGGAUUUGGUAUCCAACUGGCAAUGCCACCUGGUCGUUAUGACGGAUUAGAAUCUGGGUAUGCUUCUCAGAGGCGCACUGAAGGACGUAGAAGUUGGGCACAGCGGGACCAUUAUAGAAGGCGUUCGAUGAGUCUGUAA